GCAUCAUACUUGGAGAUCACCUUGUCCAGGCUGUUCAACGUAUUGGAUUUGGAAGAAGCCGCAACUGCGAUAAUUGUGCAUUUAGCAGACUUCGACGAGGAAUGGGUGCUGAAUACUGCCAGCAAGCUGAAUGAAGGAUUCACCAACGAAGUCUUGGAGGGCGACUUGCACGUCAUACAUGCACCGCGGGACAUCUACCCACUGAAACAAGCCAAUGUUGACGAGAGUGUGCGAGGUUGGGAGGAGAAGUUGAAUGGUCAGUGGAUCAAGGCCACCGCUGUCAAGCUGUCAGAUUUCGUGAAUGAGAAGGGCGUGCUGCUCAAGUUUGGUGACAGCCCGAAGAGAACGUGGUGGAGGACGAAGCAGAAUCUGGACUAUACAUUCCUGAUGUGGUACGCGUCGAACAUGUCGGAGUACUAUAUGCAACUGGAAGAUGAUGUCCAUCCGGUUCCAAGCUUUGCUGCCUUCGUGCGGAGUGCCCUGGAGAGGUCCUUGAUUGGCAACCCUUGGGUCAUGCCCCGACUUCUUCUGACUCGGUGUUUUCAGGCCGAGGCCGCCAAGAAGGGACCUGAGGAAGUCAAGAAGCUGCCAAAUCUGAGGAGCGAACUCUCCACGUAUUACCUUGACAAGUCCUUGCCCCGGGUCUUCCUUGUGGAUGAGGUGGAUAAAAAUGCAUCAAAGCCCAAGAUCGCCGCAAACGGAGUUUCCAGCUCAAGAUACCCGAGGGCAACGGUCGAAAGCACCAUGAAGACGUACCAGCACUUUACUCCUCAAGCUGCCUACCCACCGGGCGACCCACUGGGAUUCUGGACGGCGGAUACCUGCUCAGAGAAGGGCAAGGAUGACUUGUCCUGUGCAAGCCAGAAGUACUUCAGACUCAAGCUGAACGACGCCUUCUCCGCAAAGAGAGCCCAGGUUAUCAUUCGUCAAGGCCGCAAGGGCCACGAGGCAGACUUCAUCCGAAAGGGAGAACUACGAGUUUCUCAUAGGAGCGACUGCAGCGACCCCAGCAGACUCACAGAGAUCUCCAAGCCGGAGGAGGUCUGGGAAGGCAAGCUGGAGGCUGUAACAUGCUUGGACAUCGGUUUGCGUGAAAGUCAAGCCGAGUGGGUUUCCAUCCGGGAGAUAGUGUUGCAGAGUCUUGACGUCGAGAAGCAGGCUACCACUCCGGCACCGGAGGAGCCGCCGCCGAAGGCAGAUGUACAGCAUUCGCAGUAUUCGCUGCAGCAUGCUUUGUUGGCAGCACUUGUUGGCUUUUCUGCAGGCGGCCUUGCCUGGCUUGCUGUUUGGGCCUGCCAGUGUGCGUGUCGCGAUGUGACAGCAGCUUCCGGGCUGCUGAGUUGGUGGACUCUGUACUACCUGGUCGCACUUGACACUCUCAUCUGCUUCUUCGUGACUCCUAGCGAGUCUUCCAAACCACUGAUUGGGGUCCCUCAAGCUUUCAGCAUGCCACGGCCUGUGCCCUCGAGGCGUUUGCAGUUUCAGGCCGUAUGCAAGUCGGGAGAACCUCGCAAAGAAGCACUGGCUCUCGAUUGGCGCUCUAUGGGCUCUGGAAUUUUGAGGAUCAGUCCGCAGAAGUUGGUGCAUCUUGGCCCUGGCCCAGAUCCCCGGGACCCCAAACAGGUCCAACGUUCAAGAGCCCUCGUUUCUCUUGGGUUUAUCCUGGAUCCGACCCUCGAGCUCGCCGAGAGCAUCCUCGAAGGGCUGCUCAACUCUGGCGACGCUGUGGUUGGGAUCCUCGUGGCUCACGGUUCCCUUGGGCAGCGUGGGCAGCGCCAGAGCUUGCUUCAAGGCAUCGAGGCCGUGCUGCGGAAGCUCAGUCCCGACAAGCAAGCGCUUGUGCAUCUAUUGGAUCCUUCACCGGACUUAUACCCAGAGCCUUCCCGCCACCCUGACAACAUCAACCUGGCGCUUUUGAUCCAAUUCCUUCGGCCGCUGGCUGAGAAUUUCAUGUCUCUGGAGUGGGGAAGUCCUCUGGCCCAGGAUUACCCAAUGCUAAUUCAGAGGCACAUCAACCUCCUGACUUCACAGAAGGUCCCCUGGCUCUGCAUCCAUUUCAGUAAAUUGGGGCAUCAUCGGAAGCUCAUCCGCUCCAAGAUCUUGCACCGGUGGAUGGAGAUGCUGGUGAUGUUUCCUCUAACACCCGCAGACGCGUUGUACUGGGACUUCGUUGAUGUUGUUGGCAAUCAGACAGUGCCCAAGGCUCUCGCAUUAGGUGGUGCCAAAGGCGAGCGAUCAGACAUCAGAAUACUAUAUGCCAAGGACAAAGAGGCAAUUCUGGAGCAUCUCGGGGAUGUUUCGUCCUUGCAGGGAAAAGUCCAACGAGCCACGGAAGUAUGGUUCAAGAAGAACCCGCUCCUGGACUCGUUGUUCGACAACCCUCCUGCAGAGCUCACCAGCAACAUGGAGGGCCGGUCAGAUCUCUUGCAGUCUCUCUACGACGACUCUGACCUCCGUGAGAAGGUCACCUGUGGUGGGCAUGAAGCAAAGCAUUGCCGCGAUUGCCCCAAAGGACAUGGUUCAAGCUGGUGCAACGUUGAUUGCGGAUGGGCUAACGGUCAGUGCAAAGCCAUCUACAAGACCUCAGAUGUCACUGCACCGGCACUGGAGGGCUCCUGGGUGGAGUUGACCUUCAAGCAAGCCCAUGAU